AUGGAUCUAUGUGAGGACCAUGGACUCAGACUCACAGGGCUCAGACUCACAGGGCUCAGACUCACAGGGCUCAGACUCACAGGGCUCAGACUCACAGGGCUCAGACUCACAGGGCUCAGACUCACAGGGCUCAGACUCACAGGGCUCAGACUCACAGGUCUCAGACUCACAGGGCUCAGACUCACAGGGCUCAGACUCACAGGGCUCAGACUCACAGGGCUCAGACUCAUAGGGCUCAGACUCACAGGGCUCAGACUCACAGAGCUCAGACUCACAGGGCUCAGACUCAUAGGGCUCAGACUCAUAGGGCUCAGGGCUCAGACUCACAGGGCUCAGACUCACAGGGCUCAGAAUCACAGGGCUCAGACUCACAGGGCUCAGACUCACAGGGCUCAAACUCACAGGGCUCAGACUCAUAGGGCUCAGACUCAUAGGGCUCAGACUCACAGGGCUCAGACUCACAGGGCUCAGACUCACAGGGCUCAGACUCACGGGCUCAGACUCACAGGGCUCAGACUCACAGGGCUCAGACUCACAGGGCUCAGAAUCACAGGGCUCAGACUCACAGGGCUCAGACUCACAGGGCUCAGACUCACAGGGCUCAGACUCACAGGGCUCAGACUCACAGGGCUCAGACUCACAGGGCUCAGACUCACAGGGCUCAGAAUCACAGGGCUCAGACUCACAGGGCUCAGACUCACAGGGCUCAGACUCACAGGGCUCAGACUCACAGGGCUCAGACUCACAGGGCUCAGACUCACAGGGCUCAGACUCACAGGGCUCAGAAUCACAGGGCUCAGACUCACAGGGCUCAGACUCAUAGGGCUCAGACUCAUAGGGCUCAGACUCACAGGGCUCAGACUCACAGGGCUCAGACUCACAGGGCUCAGAAUCACAGGGCUCAGACUCACAGGGCUCAGACUCAUAGGGCUCAGACUCAUAGGGCUCAGACUCACAGGGCUCAGACUCACAGGGCUCAGACUCACAGGGCUCAGAAUCACAGGGCUCAGACUCACAGGGCUCAGACUCAUAGGGCUCAGACUCACAGGGCUCAGACUCACAGGGCUCAGACUCACAGGGCUCAGACUCACAGGGCUCAGACUCACAGGGCUCAGACUCACAGGGCUCAGAAUCACAGGGCUCAGACUCACAGGGCUCAGACUCACAGGGCUCAGACUCACAGGGCUCAGACUCACAGGGCUCAGACUCACAGGGCUCAGACUCACAGGGCUCAGACUCACAGGGCUCAGACUCACAGGGCUCAGAAUCACAGGGCUCAGACUCACAGGGCUCAGACUCACAGGGCUCAGACUCACAGGGCUCAGACUCACAGGGCUCAGACUCACAGGGCUCAGACUCACAGGGCUCAGACUCACAGGGCUCAGACUCACAGGGCUCAGAAUCACAGGGCUCAGAAUCACAGGGCUCAGACUCACAGGGCUCCGACUCACAGGGCUCAGACUCACAGGGCUCAGACUCACAGGGCUCCGACUCACAGGGCUCAGACUCACAGGGCUCAGACUCACAGGGCUCAGACUCACAGGGCUCAGACUCACAGGGCUCAGACUCACAGGGCUCCGACUCACAGGGCUCAGACUCACAGGGCUCAGACUCACAGGGCUCGGACUCACAGGGCUCGGACUCACAGGGCUCAGACUCAUAGGGCUCAGACUCACAGGGCUCAGACUCACAGGGCUCAGACUCACAGGGCUCAGACUCACAGGGCUCAGACUCACAGGGCUCAGACUCACAGGGCUCAGAAUCACAGGGCUCAGACUCACAGGGCUCAGACUCACAGGUCUCAGACUCACAGGUCUCAGACUCACAGACAGAAUGUGGUCGGACUCGUUCUUGGUACUUUUCCCCGGAGAAAAGAAAAACGACAGCUGA